AUGCCCCCUCGCGCUACUCGCUCCCAGACCCGCAACAACGCACCCGCCGCUCCCAAACCUCCUGCGCCUACCGAGACGCAGGCGAAGAAGGGCGGCCGAGGCCGCAAGGCGACGCCGGCCAAUGGCAAAGGCACCAAGUCUUCUCCUGCUGUUGAGCAGGACGAGACGCCUGCGCCUGCCGGCGACGCGUCGAAGGACGAGGUUCCACCUCCGCCUGCUCGGAAGACGGGCGGCCGGAAGGCAACGCCAGCCAACGGCAAAGGUGCCAAGUCUUCGCCUGCUGUUGAGCAGAACGAGACGCCUGCGCCUGCCGACGACGCGUCGAAGGACGAGGCUCCACCUCCGCCUGUUCAGAAGACGGGCGGCCCGAAGCCCAGGCCGAAGCGGAAGAGCAAGAAAGACGAGGCGACGUCCCAGGAGAACGUCAACCCCGACCCGGUCGAAGACGCUGAGGACGCUGACGCCACCAAUCGCGUCGACGCCGGCAAUACGGGCGCACCUGCGUCAAAGUCGGACUCGGCAGGACGGAAGCGUUCUCAGUCGGGCUCGUCGGCGUUGACCCCGACCCCUACCGACGACGAGAAGGAGCAUGCUGACAAGCGGCAGCUCCGCGAGCGCCCCGUUGCUGUCGACAACAAGCAGCCUGCUCGCCCGCCGAAGAGGCCCGCCGACGCUGAACCGGUGGACGACGCCGCGAACACCAAGGUUCGCAAGACCAGCGUCGACCAAGUCGCGGGAAGCUCCUCGAGCGGCGCCGUUAAGCCAGCCGGCCGCAAGGACAAGAAGGUCCCUGCCAUGGACGACGAUGCCGAUGCCGAGGACAACGACGACGACGACAAGGAGGACGCCAUCGUCGAAGACGACGACGUGGACAAGGAGACCUUGGCCGCCGCGAAGCGCUCGCGGGCCAAGAACAUCAAGCUUCAGGCCACCCUGGACGCGUCGAUGCCCGAGGAGGUAGCCAUGGCCGAGGUGGCGAAGCCCGGGGCGAAGCAGGCCGACAAGAAGACCAAGAAAGCCGAGUCCAAGGUGCCGGAGACAAAGACCAAGGUGCCGGCGACAAAGACCAAAGUACGGAAGGCGGCAUCGAAUCAAGUCCCCUCCGAUGAUUCGGACGUCGAGGAGUUCAGCUCGGAGGCGUCUGAUACGUCGGACGCCAUCUCCGACGCUGAGUCCUCGUCGCCGCCGCCGCCACCUCGCAAGCGCGGCGGCAAGUCGAAGCCGGUGGCCAGCAAGCCCCAGUCCAAGUCGUCCAAGUCGAAGCCGUCCAAGUCGAAGCCGUCUACGUCCAAGAAGCGCGAGCACAGCGUCAUCGAGCUGUCAUCCGACGAAGAGGAUGAGCAGCCUCCACCGAAGAAGUCGUCAGCUCAGCGGAUGUCGGCCAAAGCGCGGGGCAAGCAGCGCGCGGUCGAGCACGUCAAGCAGGAGCCCGAGGACGUCGAGAUGGAGGAGGAGUCUGGAACCGACACGCCUGCGCCGAAGCGCUCGAAGAAGUCAGCGCCUUCGUCGAACAAGUCGGAGAACUCAAAGGGCAAGCGUCGCCAGUCCCUCCUGUCGGACUACUCGUCCAAAGUCAAGAAGGUGCGUUCGAACAUUUAA